GCAGUAUCAUAUGCCAUCUUGGCUUUCAUUGGCUGGCAUAGUCUGAGACAGAAUUUGAGAGUUUACUUUUUAGCUGAUGUCCUUUAAUCCACUUUAAACAUAAUUUUAGCAUCAUUCCUGUUGCAGCAGCGAAUGAACGAUGACUAACAUGAGAGGUCCUGAGCAUCUAGCAGAGGUUUGUCUUCUCUCCUCUACGGGUGAGAUCUCUACAAGCAAAGACAAACCUGCAAAUCUGAAGGGGCUUCUGCCCCUCAGUGGUUCAUCGAUACUGGCACAGCGACUGUUCCGCCUCCCAUCUUACCGCAACCCGCUCAUUUCCAACAGACAUCGCAAACGCGAGAUGACUCCCGCUGAGAGGAAAGAUGCCUCCUAUUGGGACAAGCGGCAGAAAAACAAUGAGGCCGCCAAGCGUUCCCGAGAGAAGCGCCGACUGAAUGAUUUCAUGCUGGAGGAUCAGCUCUUGGCGCUGAGCAAGGAGAACGCUCAGCUCAGAGCAGAAGUGUUGAGUCUGCAGUAUCACAUUGGACGAGGCCUGGAUGUGGGUCAUCCAAUGACGCCCUUCCACUAUCCCAUUCCAUCCCAUCUCAAGCCUUCCUUGUGGGGUUUUGCUGCCAGCAAUGCUCCCCUUCCAGCAGAUGGGCCAGAGCUGUACCACUGUUGGCCACAGUAUGGGACUUGCUCUGGCCCACCAGUUAGCUUCUCUCCACUGAUUUCCCCCUUAAGAAUUCUGCCUAAAAGGGUCAACAUACCUUCAAAGAUUAAUCACCCAGACGACAAGCUGUCAAAUCAGUCCAUUCCCAAUACUGAGUCAGUAGAGCAGGACCAAGCAGCUCACCCACAAGUCUCCUCCAGCAAUGACCCACCGAGCCACCCACAACAGCUCCCAGCCCAAAGAGCAGCUGCGUCUUCACAUUCUUCUUCGCAGCACCCUUCUCAACUUGCCCAAAGCUGGCUGCUGCCCGGGUUGAGCCACCACACAACCCAGCACAACAACCAGCUGUUACCCUGGGGCUCAUCAUCCCUACACCAAACUCCCCUUCAUCCCAGCUGGCCGCUGUCCUACCCUCUGUCCCUAAGAGACCCCGAUGAAUCUCUUAAUGAAGCACGGUCCCUCAGGAACUUCAACAGCAGGUUCAGCGUGCUGUCUGCUGAGAUCUUACAGCUCAGAAGAAUAUUAAGCACAGAGAACUCUUAAUGUGAACAGCUUUUCAUUGUGCUAAUAGACUGCUUUAAUUAUUAGAUGUAGAGAGGAGCUAUUGUGGGUGCUUAAUGUAGUGACAUGACUUACAUAAGCAAUAAUUAUGCCUUGAUCUGCUGGUAUGUUAAAUCAAGCAAUAUGAGCAAACUGGGAAAUAUUGUUUAACUGUGUAGUAAGAUAGUUGGCACUGAUCUUACUAAUACAGUAUGUCAAAAGGUUAUGUGACUAAAGUGACUAGGAAGGCCCGGCCAAUCCUUUCUGAUCUAGUCAUCCUUUAAGGUCCAUUGAGUUUUGGUUGAGUCCUUCUGGUCAGAGAUACAAAUUUCUUGAGGGUAAGACCAACAGAUGCAAGUACUCUUUUAUUCAGGCAGUUAUCACUUUUUUAAAUGGCUAAUUUUAAUAUUCCUUCUGUAUUGGUCAGUGUUAAUUGUCUUUUGUGUUAUUGCCUCUCAAGGAAAAUAAAGAUUGAAAGUAACUAAAUUAAGCAAUAACUUGGUUAAUAUUCAAAUGUUUAUCCUUCAAUUAGGCCUGCAAUUUUUGCACCAUUAAUCAAAUCAAUAAAUGAUUAAAUCUGACUAAAUUUUGUGAACCAAAACUAUAUAUUCUGACUGACACACAAUUCAUUGAUUAUUUAUUGGUUGACGCAAAUGGUAUUCCCCUUCAUUGUGUGAAAUCCCGGUUGUAAAUUCGAUAACGAUAUUGAAAACCUUUUCACUGAAACCAUUGUUUGUCAUGUACCACAUAAGAAUAAAUGAAAAAAGAAAAAAAUUAUGUAUGUGGGUGCUGAAACACACACAUACAUCAAAGUAAACUGCAAAACUGAAAACAUUUUAUUUCUUGAUAUCCUAUGUUUAUUCAUAUACCCUGUGUAUUUUUUAUUUAUUUAUUGUACAUAAAACUGCUUUGGAACAUGUAGGCUACUAUAUAAGAAGUGCUAUACAAUUAAAAUGUAAUUUGAUUAGCAUGGCCAGAAAUAUUAACUACACCUUAGAAACCUUAUUCAGAGAAACGCCAUAUUUAAUUUUUGACAGGAAUGAAAACGAGGCUACAAAUGAUAGACUUGCAUUCUCUUCAUGCACUGUAUAUGGCUGAAUAAAGAUCCUAUA